CCACGCGCGAUUUGUGUUGAACUUUAUUAGAUUAGGUCAAAAGUUGUCUAAUGAAGUUCCUAUUAUACCCUCCACUCGGCCUCUCAUCUCUUCAGCUUCCACUUUCUCUCUCCGACUAAUAAACGAUAAACGAUUCUCUCUCUAAAAAAACAGCAAAUCAGAGUUUCACGGAAAACGAAGCAAAUCAAAACCAAAGAAAAUCCAAAAGAAAAAAAAACAUAUUAUUAUACAGAUAAAAGAAGAAACGACAUCUAAAAGGACUAGGGUUUGAGAUCCCCUCCCUCCACCUCCCCAGUUAUAUUUUCCUUUCCCUCGCUUUUCCCUCAAUCGUCGUCGUCGUACACCGGAAAUUUAUUUUUGAUUUUCAGAUCAGAUUUACCAGACAACAUCCUCGAAUUUUCCCGAGAACAUUAUUCUCUGAAUUCACGGCUGAGAAGCAUUUUCCCGGGAAAAAUAAUCAGGGAAUUUGAGGCGAUAAUUUUUUGAUCUGAAACCAUUGAUUUUUUUUGUUGAGAUUGAGGGAAGGGGGGAAAUAUUGUACAUAAACCUGAAGGAGAGUUCAUCAAUAUAUACAGGUGGAGGAGCUGGAGCUUUUGAUUUCUGAACCUUUUUUUUGAAGAUUUAUGUCGUUAUCGUGUAAAAUUGACAAUUGCGUGUUGAAAAUUGUAAUUGUUGGUGUUUUGAGUUUGUGUUGGUUUGGAUGUGUAUUGUUCCAUGGAGUCUCAAAAUUCGCCUCCAUCGACGAGCCUGGUCAAAUGUUGCGACUGUGGGUGCAGCAGCUGUUCGAUGAUAAACAGGUCCCUUUCUGGGACUUAUCUUCGUUCUGUCAAGCGUAAAUAUGAUGAGUUUGAGGAAGAAAACAGGUUCACGAUUCCAGGAUUCAUCAUACCUCAGAAUGCCCGUGUGGAGAUAGCAAACGAGUGCACCGCACUGCGGGAAACAGUCGGCAGUCAACAGCAGACAAUUCAGGAUCUUAUUUCCGAGUUGGACGAGGAGAGAAAUGCAUCAUCUUCGGCUGCAAACGAGGCCAUGUCUAUGAUUCUUAGGCUGCAGAGAGAGAAGGCAGAGAUUCAGAUGGAGGCGAGGCAGUUUAAGAGGUUCGCGGAGGAGAAAAUGGCACAUGACCAGCAAGAAUCUUUGGCGUUGGAGGAUUUGUUGUAUAAGAGGGAUCAGGUCAUUCAGUCUCUUACCUGUGAGGUGCAGGCAUAUAAACACAGAAUGAUGAGUUAUGGACUCACAGAGGCCGAGGCUGAAGGAGCCGAUGGAGAAAAGGGUAUGAGCCGAAACACUAGCAUGACCGAAAACACGGAAGGGCAAUACGAAUUUCCACCUUAUGAUAUUUACCCUCCUCUUAAGUGCAAUAUAAACGAAUCCCAUCUUUAUCCAGAUGGUGACGAUGAAUCUGCUGAUGUUGAGAAAUAUGCAUUUGGGGAAACUCCACGCUCUCGUGAUCACUUAAAGGAUUUGGAGUACCGAAUCAAUCAAUUGGAGAAAAGUCCGAGGACCAUUCAGCCUGAUAAGGAAUUUGUUGGCUCGAAGAAUGUGCUCGAAAAGGUGAUAGUCGGUCAAUCUCCAAGACGCUCUAGGCAUUUCAGGAAGUUUUCUACCGACAGUUCAAAUUCAAAUUUCGCAAUGGGUAGAGAUAUGGGACCAGAUUCUCCGAAGAUUGGUAGCAGUUUCAAGAAGACAGAAAUUUCCCAUAUGGAUGCCAACUCUAAUUUGAGGAAGGUGGAUAAUGCAUCGGAAGCUGGAGAUGACAUGAACGACAGAGUUUACACAAUUGAUUCCAUUCAUCAAGGAGCUACAACUAAAGGUGUUGUGGAUCACAAGUCUUCUUUUGGAAUUGCUGGGGAUGACUACAUAACAACUCCUAGGGAUUCACUAAAUAAUUCCGACGUUAGAGACCUAGAAGUCCAGAAGCUGUAUGCAAGGCUUCAUGCUCUCGAGGCUGAUAGAGAAUCAAUGCGGCAGGCAAUUAUUUCUAUCGGGACUGAUAAAGCACAACUUGUACUGUUGAAGGAGAUCGCUCAGAACUUGUGCAAAGAAAUGUCACCAUCAAGGGAAAUGCCAGUGCAGAAGCAGUCUGUGGUUAGAAGUUUUUCGUUCAUGGCAAUGUUCAAGUGGAUCGUUUCUUUUGUUUUAUGGAGGCGAAAAGCAAGCCGAUGCAAGUACAUGUUUGGGUUAUCGGCCAACAACGAAGGGUUGCUAGUGCUUUUAGACCGAGGUCCUCGUGUAGGACAUUGGAGAUUAUUAUCAUCAACUAUAAAAACGUCAAAAUAAUAUAUCCCUCCGUGAAACUCUACGGUCACCCGUUUCGAUGCUUGGUUUGAGCUGCUUUAUAUAUAUAUUUGGAUUUACGAUUUUUCUUCUUUUUUUUUGAUUUCUUGUUGCCAUGGGAAUUGGUAUUCGUUAUCUUGUAUAUGACACAUUUUAAACACAUCCAUUUGUUGAUAUAGGAUAUCUUUCUUUUCUUUUCUUUUUCUUUUUUUCUUUUUUCUUUUUCCUUUUUUUUUUUUUUUUUUUUUUUCUUUUUUGUUAAUUCCAGUGGGAUACAGUGUGUCCUUGUGGGGUUUGUGGAAAUUUAGUGAAGAUGUAACUUAGUUUUAGUAUCACCUCUUGUAUAAUAUACGUCCAUUUGAAGAA